GGCAUUUACUGUUUGGUGAUACACUCAAGGAGUGUGUAGAACUUACUGACCUUAUAUGAUGGCUUUAGAUGCCAGGACUUUUAAAGUUAUAUUUAUUUGUGAUUUUUAUAGGUUUUUGUUUUAGUCUUCUCUCACUUUCCACUUUCCACUCUGUCAUUUGUUUGUUGUGACAUCAUCCUUUCACUAUUCCCUCUUUCACACCCCUAUAACUUCAUUUCUAAUUAGGUAAAAGAUUAUCAAAUUAUUGGGCUUACAUGGAUAUGGUCUAAAAUAAAUUUCAGCUUUAGGAAACGACUUAGGGGUUUUCCAGUGAACAUCUCCUGUGACUGCUCAGAGGGCCUUUUUUCUUGGUUUUGGGGCUCCAAACAGUCAUUCUAAAUAAAUGAGCUCUAACGUAAGAUAAAUAUGAUAUUUGAAGGCAGAAGAAGUGAUGUGUUUUUCUUUUUAGCAUAAUUUUUUAUUAAUAAUUUGUUAAACCAUGGGGAUUAUCUUAGUAAAAAGAUAAAUCAAACAGUAUUCAGUAGAAUGGAAUAAAUAGGCACUUAAUGGGCAGAAAGUUGGUUCACAACCAUUCUGUUCUGUUGCAGUUUGUGAAGUUCCUGUCUAAGUCAGCGACAGCUUGUCCUCUCAGCUGCGCCUCUAGUAAGACAAAAUGAUUACUUCCAAGUAAUUAACUGAAGCAGAAAACUUUGCCAAAUCCUAUUUACUUUUUGUAAAAUAUUAAGAUGAAGUCUAGUGAGUAGUACUUUGUCAUGUAAAGCACUUUUGAGAGUGCGUAAUGCUUUCAAGCCAUUUUGAUCAAUUUACGCUCUUAGAAUAAAUUAAUAUUCAUCCAGGGGACAGGGUAAGUAGUGCACUAACAUCUCAGCUCUUUGGGCACCUUGUCAGAUGUACGAUGACUUGGAGAGCAAAACUUCACUGUCCACAUUGUUUGUUGGCACCUUAGGGUCACCAUGUAUGGUGCAGCAGGGUGCCUGGCACAUGGUACGUUUUUAUUUGUGGAAUAUUUUGGUAAAGAAAACGGUAGCUAUCAAUUGGGAGCAUAGAAUCAUGAACCGUGAUUGCAUUGGUAAUCUGUUUAAAAUAGAGUUUUAUCAAGCUUGUGAUACUAUUUAAAAUCAUUAUGCUAUAUUAGACUUUAGCUCCUUUCUAACCCUGAAUUCUUAAAAAAAUUUAUAAACCAGGUUAAUUCACACUUAUUUUUCUACUGAACUUUGAAUUUUCUAGAUUUUAUGUUUAGUGGACUUGUAAAUCUGCAUCUGAUACUGCAGUUUGCUAGCUUUUCCAGAUUACAUAGCAAUGUACCCCUUUCAUGUAAGGGUUAAUGAGUAGCCUGGUUAGACUCACCAGUCCAUUGUCACACUAAAAGCCAGAAAAUUUGCUGUCUCCCUUCCAUUCCCUCCCACAUUUUUUUUCUUUUCAUAGUUUUAUUUACUUGAUAUAUUAAUAUAAUUUUUAAAAGUUGAGAUUUUAUUUUGUAAAACAGCAUACGGUUUUAAUUUUGUUUCUGUGUAGAUCCUGAGUUCUAUUUUAUUGUUAAUGUUAAAUUAUGGUAAUUAACAUGAGCUGAAUAAUGGUUUAAUCAAGGUAGAUCUUGCUCCUUGGCUCUCUGUCUCUCCUUUUUCUGUACUUCUCCUCUGUUUUUACCUGUAGAUUUGCAUGUUUGACCUAGCAGAAUAAUUGGGUCCACAGCAACAUGGGCGUGCCUCCCUUAGAAACACUUAGUUUCAUGUAUGACUCAUAGGCUGAAGCACAGACACCACUUCCCCAAUCUACAGGAGCCAUUUUAACAGCAUAAAACUUGCCGGAUUGCUUUUUAUUUUCAAGCCCAAAGGACAAAAAGAGAACGAGAAUAUUUGAAGGCCAAGAAGUUCUAAAGAAGAAAAAUUUCAGAAAAAUUGCCUCUGUUUGAGUGGAAUAUCAGUGAACCAAGGAAACCUGUAGUGCCGUCCUGAAAGAAAACCUGGUCUACAGUAACUUAACAGACUUAGCUGAGGGUUUUUUACCCAAAUUGGUCACUGGAUUCUGCUGCCUCAUACUUGAACCUGCUUGGAAUUUUUCUCAUGUGGAUCUAAGGGGAAUGUUUUAUUAUGGCUGCUGUUGUCCAACAGAACGACCUAGUGUUUGAAUUUGCUAGUAACGUCAUGGAGGAUGAACAACAGCUUGGUGAUCCAGCUAUUUUUCCUGCUGUAAUUGUGGAACAUGUUCCUGGUGCUGAUAUUCUCAAUAGUUAUGCGGGUCUAGCCUGUGUGGAAGAGCCCAAUGACAUGAUUACUGAGAGCUCCCUGGAUGUUGCCGAGGAAGAAAUCAUAGAUGAAGAUGACGAUGACAUCACGCUCACAGUUGAAGCCUCCUGUCAUAAUGGGGAUGAGACGAUUGAAACAAUCGAGGCUGCUGAGGCGCUCCUCAAUAUGGAUUCUCCUGGCCCUAUGUUGGAUGAAAAACGAAUAAAUAAUAAUAUAUUUAGUUCAUCUGAAGAUGACGUUGUUGUUGCCCCAAUCACCCAUGUAUCCGUCACAUUAGAUGGGAUUCCUGAAGUGGUGGAAACUCAGCAGGUUCAAGAGACCUAUGCACACUCACCAGGAACAUCGUCGCCAGAACAACCUAAGAGAAAGAAAGGGAGAAAAACAAAACCUCCACGACCAGAUUCCCCAGCCACUACGCCGAACAUAUCUGUGAAGAAGAAAAAUAAAGAUGGUAAGGGAAACACAAUUUAUCUUUGGGAGUUUUUACUGGCACUGCUCCAGGACAAAGCUACUUGUCCUAAAUAUAUCAAAUGGACCCAGCGAGAAAAAGGCAUUUUUAAACUGGUAGAUUCCAAAGCAGUAUCCAGGUUGUGGGGAAAGCACAAAAACAAACCUGACAUGAAUUACGAGACCAUGGGAAGAGCUCUCAGGUACUAUUACCAAAGGGGUAUUCUGGCAAAAGUAGAAGGUCAGCGCUUGGUGUAUCAGUUCAAGGAAAUGCCAAAAGAUCUUAUUUAUAUAGAUGAUGAGGAUCCAGGUUCCAGCAUAGAGUCUUCAGAUCCAUCACUGUCUUCAACAACUACUUCAAGUAGGAGCCAAGCAAGCAGAUCGAGAGUAUCCUCAAGUCCAGGGAUAAAAGGAGGAGCCACUACAGUUCUAAAGCCGGGAAAUUCUAAAGCUACAAAACCCAAAGAUCCUGCAGAAGCUGCACAGCCAUCAGAAGUUCUGAGGACAGUGCAGCCCGCACAGUCUCCAUAUCCUACCCAGCUCUUCCGGACUAUUCAUGUAGUACAGCCAGUACAAGCUGUCCCAGAAGGAGAAGCAACCGUAACCAGUAGCAUGCAGGAUGAAACAUUAAAUUCUUCCGUUCAGAGUAUUAGGACUAUACAGGCUCCAACCCAAGUUCCAGUGGUUGUGUCUCCUGGGAAUCAGCAUUUGCAUACAGUAACACUCCAGACAGUGCCAAUCACAACAGUGAUAGCCAGCACAGAUCCAUCAUCAGGUGCUGGAUCUCAGAAAUUUAUUUUACAAGCCAUUCCAUCCUCACAGCCCAUGACAGUACUGAAAGAAAAUGUCAUGCUGCCGUCACAGAAGCCAGGCUCCCCUCCUUCGAUUGUCUUGAGCCCUGCCCAUGUACAGCAGGUACUUACUAGCAAUGUUCAAUCCAUUUGCAACGGAACCGUCAGUAUGGCUUCAUCUCCGUCCUUCAGUGCUACUACUCCUGUGGUGACCUUUUCUCCUCGAAGUUCACAACUUGUUGCUCACCCACCUGGCACUGUAAUCACUUCGGUUAUCAAAGCUCAAGAAACAAAAACUCUUAUACAGGAAGUAGAGAAAAAGGAAGUUGAAGAUCAUUUGAAAGAAGACAUUGAGAAGACUGAGCAACAGCCACAGCCUUAUGUGAUGGUGGUAUCCAAUUCCAAUGGAUUUGCCUCUCAGGUAGCUGUGAAACAAAAUGAAUUGCUGGAACCCAACUCUUUUUAAUUAAUAUACCAAAGGAAUUAUGGAUGAUUGCUUUUUAAUUGAACAUUUCCAGUUGUAUUCAGACUGAUUCUAAGAUAAAUUCUACAGAUGUUCCUAAUUUUGUAGUUAAUUGUUAAAAAUAUUAAUUUAGAGUUAAUUUUGACUUUGUUAGAUGAGGGAAGGUACCCAAGUGUUUCUCUUUGUUGUGCAAAUGUUUCAGAAUUCAAUUGUGAAGGAACAGGCAUUUUAUACUAUGAAGACAUCCUUUUCAGAUUUUUUUCAGUUGCUAUACCAUAAGCAUUUUUUAAGUUUCUUUUUUAAUUUUACAUGGUAUUAGUUUUUCUGAUUCUUUUGUAAAUACAGUACUUAUAUACAAGGCAACAGGAGAUUUGUAUAGGAACCAUUUUCAUUCCAUUUGCGUAACUUAAAGUCUUGACCCUUUCAAAUGCAAGACACCUAUUUUAUACUUUGUUAAAAUUAUGAUUUCAGUUAGAUUGACUUUAGUUGGUUGCACUGUAUAAGGAACUAUGAAGAUGUAGAAAACAACAUUAAAAAUUGAAAGUUGCCCAUGAUACGGCUGAACCUGUUUCAGAAGCAGGAUAGUAUAAAAGCAUCAGCCUAAGAGUGGCUUUUCUGCUAAUUAGUUGUGUGAUGUUGGGCAAAGCCACUGGAUCUUUUGGGGCCUCAGUUCUCCCAUAAAAGGAAGGGAUAUGUUGGAUUAGAUGAGAUGAUCUUCAGGCUCCUUUCUGGUUCUAAAUUUAAUGAUUCUAGCUCCUAUAUUUUAAAGUUAUAUCAACUAAAACAUUAUCAGCUUAUUUCUUAAUGUAAAUAUGGCUAACAUAUUGCAGAAAAAUAACUGGCCCUACAACCUGCAAAAUUCAUUCUUCUGUUAUCUGUAAGAUCUGCUAUGAAUCUGAAUUCUUCCUAAAUACUGUGUUCAUUAACUUUUUAGGCCACUGUGUACCGUGGCCCAUCAGUAAACUUACACUGCUGAGUGCUAAAUGAUGUACUGCCAUUCUGAAAGAGUCAAGGCUCUUUCUUAAGGGCCCAGAAAGCAACCACACCUUGGGCUCAUCUGGCUGAGUAGUCAGUUGCUAUAAAAGCAUAAUUGCUUUAUAUUUUGGAUCAUUUUUUUAUUGGGAGUUGGGGGGGUUGCGUACAAAGAUAAUAUACAUAUAUAUCUGAGUCUCGGAAAUGAAAUAGUUUUUAGAUUACUUUUCAACUGUAAAUAAUGUACAUUUAAUUUCACAAGAAAAAUUGUUUUCUGCAAAUUUUCUAGUACAGCAAAGGAGAAACUUUUGUAGAUGAAAAAAAUCAUGUUUAGAGGUCUCUUGUUCUAUGUUUUCAUAUUACAGAGUGAAUUUGUAUUUAAGCAAAAAUUUAAAUUUUGGAAGCCUCUAAACGUUUUUGUAUCUUUAAUUGGUUUAUUAUUAAAUAAAUCAUGUAAAAAUUCUCAGUG